UUCUCCGGGGCCCCCGCGCCGCGCAGCAGCAGCCACCGCGAUGAGGACAGGCGCCCGCCGCGCCUGGGAGCUCCUCGGCGUCCUGCUCUUGCUCCUGCUCGGAAGCCACACAGGCUCUUUGCAACCAUCUGUGAGUCCACAGGAACUGUCUCCUCCAUCCAUAUAUCCAGCACAGUCAGAGUUAAGAGUCAGUGUUGGUGACGAGAUUCGGCUGCUCUGCACUCAUCCUGGAUUUGACAAGUGGACUUUUGAAUCCCUGGGUAGCCUGAGUGAGAUUCGUGACAAUGAAUUGCUGAUAGAGAAAGCAGAGGCCACCGAUACAGGCAAUUACACGUGCACCAAUACAGCUGGCCUCAGCAGCUCUAUUUAUGUGUUUGUUAAAGAUCCUGACAAUCUUUUCAUCAAACCUGACGGUGUAUUGUUUGGUGAAGAAGAUCAGGACGCGCUGGUCCCUUGUCUGCUGACAAACCCAGAUGUGAUCGGUUUCUCACUCACAGGCUGCUUAGGGCAUCCUCUUCCUGAAGACUUGACAUUUGUGGCCAACCCCAAGGCAGGCAUCACCAUUCACAAAGUGAAGCUCGAGUAUGAUCGUCUCUGCCUGCAUUGCACUGCCUUCUUUGAGGGCACACUUGUGGAGUCCCCAAGAUUUAACCUGAAAGUGAGGCCAGCCAUCAGAGCUUUACCCAUUUUGACUGUCUCCAAACCAAGCCAACUUAUUCGGGAAGGGGAAGAAUUUACAGUGACUUGCUCUAUACAAGAUGUGUCUAGUUUCGUGGAAUCCAUGUGGAUAAAGGAGAACAGUCAGCAGUUGAAAGCACAGGUACAGACUAAUAGCCGGCACCUGGAUAACUUCAAAUUUUUACGUCAAGAAAAGUUGACUAUCAGCUCAGCAAGAGUUAAUGAUUCUGGAGUGUACAUAUGUUAUGCCAAUAAUACUUUGGGAUCUGCAAAUGUCACAACAACCUUGGAAGUAGUAGAUAAAGGAUUCAUUAAUACCUUCCCUAUGAUGAACACCACAGUGUUUGUAAAUGAAGGUGAAAAUAUAGAUCUGAUUGUUGAAUAUGAGUCCUACCCCAAACCUGAGCACCAGCAGUGGCUGUACAUGAACAAUACCUCCAUUGACAAGUGGGAUGACUACCCCAAGUCUGAGAACGAGAGUAAUAUCAGAUAUGUCAAUGAACUUCACCUAACUAGAUUAAAAGAGACCGAACCAGGCACAUACACAUUUGUCGUGUCCAAUGCAGAAGUGUCUUCUUCCGUGACAUUUAAUGUUUACGUGAACACUAAACCAAAGAUUCUGAACGAUGAUCAGCUGAACAGCAUGUUUCAGUGUGUGGCAGUAGGCUUCCCAGAGCCUACCAUCAGUUGGUACUUUUGUGCAGGAUCUAAGCAGAGCUGCUCUGUUCCUGUUCCUGUGGGGCCGGUAGAUGUGAAGAUCCUGAACUCCUCUGUGUCACCAUUUGGAAUGAUAAUGGUCCAGAGUUCCGUGAACUACAGUACCUUCAAGCACAACGGAACAGUCGAGUGUAGGGCUUGCAACGAUGUGGGAAAGGAUUCUGCCUUUUUUAACUUUGCACUUAAAGAAGAAAUCCUUUCCCACACCCUGUUCACGCCUUUGCUGAUUGGUUUUGUGGUUGCAGCUGGACUGAUGUGCAUCGUUGUGAUGAUCCUUACCUACAAAUAUUUGCAGAAACCUAUGUAUGAAGUCCAAUGGAAAGUAGUGGAGGAAAUCAAUGGAAAUAAUUAUGUUUACAUAGACCCUACGCAGCUUCCUUAUGAUCACAAAUGGGAGUUUCCCAGAAACAGGCUGAGUUUUGGGAAAACCUUGGGUGCAGGUGCUUUUGGGAAGGUGGUUGAGGCCACUGCUUAUGGCUUAAUUAAGUCAGAUGCUGCCAUGACUGUAGCUGUGAAGAUGCUCAAACCAAGUGCCCAUUUAACUGAGCGAGAAGCCCUAAUGUCAGAACUCAAAGUCUUGAGCUACCUGGGAAAUCACAUGAACAUUGUCAAUCUCCUUGGAGCAUGCACCAUUGGAGGGCCCACCUUGGUCAUUACAGAAUACUGUUGCUAUGGUGAUCUUUUGAAUUUUUUGAGAAGAAAACGAGAUUCAUUUAUUUGCUCAAAGCAGGAAGAUAACGCAGACUCCGCACUUUAUAAGAAUCUUUUGCAUUCAAAGGAGUCUUCCUGCAAUGACAGUACUAACGAGUAUAUGGACAUGAAGCCCGGAGUUUCUUAUGUUGUCCCAACCAAGACUGACAAGAGGAGAGCUGCACGAAUAGGCUCCUACAUCGAAAGAGAGGUGACACCUGCUGUCAUGGAUGAUGAUGAGCUGGCCCUCGACCUGGAAGAUUUGCUAAGCUUUUCUUACCAGGUGGCAAAGGGCAUGGCAUUCCUCGCCUCAAAGAAUUGUAUUCACAGAGACUUGGCAGCCAGAAAUAUCCUUCUUACUCAUGGUCGAAUCACAAAGAUUUGUGAUUUUGGUCUAGCCAGAGACAUCAAGAAUGAUUCUAAUUAUGUGGUCAAAGGAAACGCUCGGCUGCCUGUAAAGUGGAUGGCGCCCGAAAGCAUUUUCAACUGUGUGUAUACAUUUGAAAGUGACGUCUGGUCCUAUGGGAUUUUUCUGUGGGAGUUAUUUUCCUUAGGGAGCAGCCCCUAUCCUGGUAUGCCAGUGGAUUCUAAAUUCUACAAGAUGAUCAAGGAAGGUUUCCGAAUGCUGAGCCCUGAGCAUGCCCCUGCUGAAAUGUAUGAUGUAAUGAAGACUUGUUGGGAUGCUGACCCCCUCAAGAGGCCCACCUUCAAACAGAUUGUUCAGCUCAUUGAGAAGCAGAUUUCAGACAGUUCUACUCAUAUCUACUCCAACAUGUCAAAUGCCAACCCCAAUCCAGAGACGACAGUGGUGGACCAUUCGGUUCGGAUCAAUUCUGUGGGCAGCAGUGCCUCUUCGACCCAGCCUCUGCUUGUACAUGAAGAAGUGUGAAUGGAAUGAGCAUCUGAGUGAAGGGAGUCUUUGUACAGGAAGAUCCCUUGCUCCUUUUUUUUUUUCUUUUCUUUUCUUUUUUUU